AUGAAUAGUUCCCCACAGAAUCCGACAUCGCCGUUAGGGUCGGGAAACAGAACUGUGGACCACGCGCUCGAUAUCAGCGUAGUCGUGUUAAUAUCGAUCGCGCUAUACAAUGCUCUGGAACUGGCGAUCCUCAUUCUGCUCUCCUUCCGCCGCUAUCGCAGCCUCUAUUUUUGGUCUCUCUUGACGUCGGCCAUUGGCGGUGUGAUCCCAUCCACUAUUGGCGGUUUCUUGCAAUUCUUCAACCUGGUGCCAUUAUGGCUAAGCUUGGUCUUGCAGAUUGUUGGAUGGGUCCUGAUGGUGCCGAACCAGUCUGUGGUGCUCUACUCGCGAUUACACCUGGUAUCGCAAAGCAGGACGACGUUGGGCUUCGUGCGGGCGCUAAUAAUACUGUGUCUUAUUGUGAUUGUCGUGCCGACGAUUGUGUUGAAUGUGGGGUGGACCUAUAUGCCGCAGUCCCCCGCGUGGGUGCAGGGAUACGCCGCUUAUGAGCGGAUCCAAGUGACUUGGUUCACAUUGCAAGAGUGUUUUAUCUCAGGGGUCUAUAUCUGGGAAGCCGUUCGAAUAAUUCGGCUCACUCCUAGGGACGACAAAUGGCGACAUAAAAUCUUAUACGAACUGCUGGCGGUCAACGUUGCAAUUAUUGUCAUGGACUUGGCGGUGAUAAUUCUCCAGUAUCUGAGCUAUUACUUUUCGCAUCUCAUCUUGAAAGCGACAGUGUAUAGUGUCAAGUUGAAGCUAGAGUAUGCAGUGCUGAGUCUGCUGGUUUCGAUCGUGCAUUCGCGGGGCUCGGAGAGGCAAUUCUGGCCGGUCGAUCGAACGACGUCGAAUAUUCCCAGCACAUGGUCUGUGGAGGCGGAAAGAUUAAUGCUAGCAAACGAUAGCCAGCAAGGCUAUGAGAAGAACCAAGAGUGUCUCAAGUCAUAUCCGCAGCACACUCACGACACUUGUGCUUCGGUUAUGGGAGAGAUCCUAGGCGCUUAUGGGAGACCCCUCUUAGGACUAUGCGUAGACAUACAUGGCUUGGAAUAA